AUGCAGCAACUUGGUCAACAACAAAGCGAUAAAUGCAUUGGCAAGAUCUGCAAGGUUUUGUCCCCCACAGACUUCUCGCACGUCCUUGGACUCGUCUCGAACUCCUUGUCGGCUGCUGAAAGUUCCCCAAAUGUGCGCGCACAACUAGUGCAUCUGGCCACAAUGCUCUUGCGUGAUCAUCCACAAAGUACGUGUCUUCACGGCUAUUGGGGACGCGAUGGUGACGUGUCCCGAAGACACUCUGAAGUACACGUUUUGGACUUUAUUGCCCAGCAUUGUUCUGAUCGACCGACAGCGCUGCGACCUUUGGAUAUCGGCGGCAUUUGGUCGCUGUUGUGCAAAUUCCUGGCCCCAUCAGACGUCCACGAUGCUCACAGCUCAAUUGAAACUUUCCACAAGAUCAUAGCGAUCACCAGUUCUAUCAUCCGUCUCCGAAGAGAUCUUGUUACGCCCACUCUGCCACAUUUGGGGAUGGUGUUGCGGCGGCUCUUGUUAACGACCAGGGCUUGCCGCCCAUCUUUGGGGGCGAAGCAGACGAACUUGGUGAUGGAUACACAACCAAGGUGGAUUAACAAGGCGCAGCCUCUUGGGCCUCAGGAAGGAAAAGCUUUGGCCCGUGUGCUCGAGACACUGAAUACGAAAACCACCGUUCGGACUCAUUCAUCUCUUAUUGAGGUGCAAAAAGCGGAAUCACUUGCAAAGCCAUUCUCGAAGCACGCCGCAUAUGUGUUGAAGGCGUAUAUAGAAGCCAUGAAUGACCCUUUGUGUGCAUUGCCUUUGGAAAUGAGGAAAGGACUUUACCCCGGAUUAUUUGCGUUGUGCAGUACGAUGAAUGACCAUAGUCGGGAUGCCAUGAUGGUUUCUGGGCUUGAUGCUGGCGGUAAGGCGACGAUGAAGUCACUGUGGAAGGAGUACGAAAGGCAAAGAUAUGUCGGGAAAGGUUAA